AGAAUUAUAACGGAAGCUGAAAUCGAAGCUGGUCACACAGCUAUGAUAGCAUUCUUACAAUAUGCUGAACACAUUUAUGGGAAAAAUUUCUGUUCUCCUAAUAUGCAUUUGCACAAACAUUUACAGGAAUGCAUGAUAGAUUAUGGCCCGUGGUAUUCAUUCUGGUGUUUUGCUUACGAACAACUUGGUUCAUUUCCUAAUUCAAACCGCAAUAUGGAACUAGAAGUGCUCGAAAAUUUUAAUCGCCAAAUUUACAUUCAACAAAUUAAAGCAAAAGCCUAUCAUUACUUGCCUCGGAAUUUUUUAUCAUCUUUAGAUUUGAUUGCCCAAAUUAAUGUUGAAAAAACUGGAACUUUGGGUCACUAUAAUUUUACAGUUCAAGAGGCAUUAGAUUUUCGUGCAAUGUCUGGUGGAUUAAUCGAUCAUAUUGUAACUGGCUCAGAACGAUUUCCUGGUCAUUUUGUCAGGCCAUUUCAUGAAAUUAUCUUAUCAACUGAAAUAAUUAAAUUUCUUGUUCAGUAUUAUUCAGAAAUUUAUCCAAAUUACAACUUUUAUGAUGAACAUCAAUUACCAAAAUCAGAAAAAUCAAUUCUU